AUGGGGGAUAAAGAAGAAAACGUGGAUCUCAUGAUCCUAGAUGAUGAGUCCCCUGUAGUGUUCGACGGCCCUGAUGGAUCGGAUAGCGAGUCAGACAGCUCUGAUCAGAUUUCACUAGAGCCAGCAGAUCGAAGACAGAGACAAAACGAAAUCUUCAAAUCUCUGCUAUCCAAACGAGCUGAAACAAUUACGGCUGAGGAUAUUCAGAAGGCAAUGAAAGUGAAGAACGACAGUGAGCUUUCUAUAUCGAAACUGAUAGCAAAGCAGGACUUCUCAUCUGUCAUCCACGACCCAAGGGAGUACCAGUUGGAGCUGUUUGAGAAGGCGAAGACAACGAAUAUCAUCGCUGUGUUGGAUACUGGAUCGGGCAAAACAUUGAUCGCCGUACUCUUGCUCAAACAUAUGAUUCGAAUCGAAUUGGCUGAUCGAGCUAGGGGAAAACCACCCCGUAUAUCAUUCUUCUUGGUCGAUAGCGUGGCGCUUGUGUACCAGCAAGCCGCCGUCCUGAAAGCAAAUAUUGAUCAAAGUAUCGAUAAAUUCUGUGGAGCAUUGCAAACUGACUUAUGGAGCAAGGAAACCUGGAAAAGGCACUUUUCAAAAAAACAUGAUCAUCGUUUGCACAGCGGAAGUACUAUAUCAGUGUUUGCUGCAUUCUUUUAUCCAGAUGGAACAGAUUAA